CACGGUUCCAUUCAAUCUUCUACCCAACUCUGCAUCCCACUGCUCGCUCCCCAUUGUUACUUGUCCGAAUAUUUUUCACCAUACCUAUCUGUCUUUAAGCACUAAAUGCCUGAGCCAGCGUCCGAUUCUCCUGUCCUUUCGAUCACCCUCUUGGGCGCUGGUCAAGAGGUUGGCCGCUCAUGCUGUGUGUUAAGAUAUCGGGGAAAAACCGUAGUGUGUGACUGUGGCAUCCAUCCCGCAUUCAGUGGGAUGGCUUCUCUUCCAUUUAUUGAUGAGUUGGACUGGAGUACAGUGGAUGUUAUCCUCGUUACUCACUUCCACUUGGACCAUGCCGCUGCACUAACUUACAUCACGGAGAAGACAAACUUUAGGGACGGACAUGGAAAAAUCUACAUGACUCAUCCAACGAAGGCAGUCUAUAAGUAUAUGAUGCAGGAUUUCGUGAAGAUGAGUGAUGGGGCGGAAGCGUUGUUCACUCCGCUUGAACUAUCUAUGUCCAUGAACUCGAUCAUACCAGUUUCGGCCCACCAACAAAUCGCCCCCUUUCCUGGCGUGUCUUUCACCCCGUAUCAUGCCGGACACGUUCUUGGUGCUUGUAUGUUCCUCAUCGACGUAUAUGGUCUUAAGAUCCUCUACACAGGGGAUUAUAGUCGGGAGGAAGACCGACAUCUUGUCAAAGCCGAGAUCCCUCCAGUUAGGCCGGAUGUUCUGAUUGUUGAGAGCACAUAUGGUGUUCAAAGCGUAGAGGGCCGAGACGAAAAAGAAUUACGAUUCACCUCAAUGGUCCACACCAUCAUUAAGCGUGGCGGUCAUGUCCUGCUUCCCACGUUCGCUCUUGGCCGAGCCCAGGAGCUUCUUUUAAUUUUGGACGAAUAUUGGUCGAAACAUCCGGAGCUGCAUAACGUUCCAGUUUAUUAUGCGUCCAGUUUGGCGCGCAAGUGUAUGGCCGUGUAUCAGACAUACAUAUACACAAUGAAUGCCAAUAUUCGGAAACGUUUCGACCGCAGGGAUAACCCCUUUGUCUUCAAAUUCGUGUCCCACAUGCCUCAAUCUAAAAACUGGGAGCGCAAGAUCGCGGAAGGUCCGCCUUGCGUUGUGCUUGCCAGUCCUGGGUUUAUGCAGUCUGGGACCAGCCGACAAUUCCUGGAAUUAUGGGCUCCAGAUCCUCGGAAUGGUGUGAUCAUCACCGGUUAUUCCGUUGAAGGCACGAUGGCCCGAGACAUUGUUAAUGAACCAGACGAGAUUACCGCCCGGGAUGGUCGGACGAUCCCUCGGAGACUCUCAGUGGAGGAGGUUUCGUUCAGCGCACACGUCGACUUCUCGCAGAAUGCAGAGUUCAUCGAGCUAGUGAAGGCUAGACAAAUUGUUCUCGUGCAUGGUGAACUAACAGCAAUGGCGCGUCUCCGAUCAGCCAUACAAGCAAGAUUCAAUGAACGUGACGAGGACGUGAAGAUACAUGCCCCUCGAAACCUUGAGGAACUUCAACUCAACUUUAGGGGUGAACGGGUGGCAAAGGCAAUAGGGGCAUUAGCCCAACGGCCUCCGAAAGGAAACACUCACCUAUCUGGGCUGCUCGUUGCCAAAGAUUUUUCCUACACACUCCUUGAUCCACGAGACUUGCGCGACUUCACAGGUCUGAGCACUAGUGCAGUCGUCCAGAAGAUGAAUCUAUACUUAGGCGUCGGUCUUGAGCUAGUCAGGUGGCAUUUAGAAGGUAUGUACGGUGGGGUUGAAGAAGGUAUGGACGAAAACGGGUAUCAGAUGUUUCGAGUAAUGGGCGCGGUAGAUGUGAAGCAUACCGCAGAGCACGAAAUUACUUUGGAAUGGAACUCCAGCGCAAGUAACGAUAUGAUAGCGGACUCGGUCAUGGCUGUCAUAGUCGGGAUAGAAAGGAGUCCCGCAUCCGUGAAAGUCUCGUCACACCACGAUCAUUCGCACCAUGAAGCUACAUACGACCAACCGCAUCCACAUGCUGAUAUUCCAGGCGACGACAACAUCGUGGAAAGACGCGCUCUGCGUACUCAAAAGAUCGCAGAUUUUCUUGAGGCUCAUUUCGGCGAUGUCGAAACUGUUGAGACACGUACCGGUGACGACGGCAAGUUAAUCCUGGACCCGGCCAUGGUUGUUCGUAUAGAUAAGUGGGAGGCGCGCAUAGGGUUAUUAGAUCUGACCGUCACAAGUUCAAACCAUGCAUUGAAGACUCGUGUAAAAGCAGUCCUGGAAAUAGCAAUGACGACAGUAGACAGCUUAACCACUAGUUUCUCUGCGAUGAGAGAAGGUCAAAACGCCAUCACUCUUGGUGGAACAGAUAAGAAGGUGAUCGGGAAUACCACCCCCUCAAUCUUCGAAGUUGAAGGACCCUCAGAAGACCCUCAAUCACUGGCAGAGCCACUCGUAGGGGAAGCAACAACGGCGGAUGGUGACCGUAAGGUUGCCGAUACUGCAGAGGACGCUUCCAUGGAUGAUGUGGACAUAAAGCCCAUGCACGAACUGGAUGCGUCAGUAUAACCAGGGUUUAUCAAAGCAGCUUUCGGGGCGUGUUUAAGUCCCUCUGUAUUCACAUGUAAUUUUAUUUAAGUAAUCUGAUGCGGAAUAACUGAAUACCAGAUAAUGGGCUAAUU